AUGCCCGACGAACGUAUCCAGAUCCUCACUGUCAGCUUGAGCUACUAUCUGACCGGCCAUCGACUCGAAGACGUGAUUAAAAAAGGAUUGGGCCAAAUCCUCUGGCCAAGUCACACGCUUCAACACUGUGCUUUUGAUUCCGACGGAGAGAACGUACCGGCCGCCAUGGGUGAAUUAAAGGAGAAACUGCUGCAUCGGCAUUGGGAUGGCGUCCUGGUCGGUUGGUGA